CUUUCUUUCGUUCUUGAAAAUGCCACGUAAUAAAUCCCCAAAAUCUAUUAGAAAAUCGGCACCCUAUAAGAGAUCUCGUUUUCCAAACGCCUGGAUUCUAUUUUCAAAAAAAUUUUACAGUCAUAAUUGUGAAACAAGAAAAAUUAAACGUACAGAAGCUAUGAAAUCAGCUAGAAUUGCAUGGGAGAAUAUGUCAAGUUUACAAAAAAAUAAAUAUUUUAUAAAUGUAUGGAACCACCAAAAUCAAUUAAAAGAAAUCAAACAAACAUUAACACAUUUAGAGGAACUUACAUAUGAUAAGCCAUUUAUCAUCGAAGAGGUUAAUCAAUUAAAAAUGAAUAAAGUAAAUAAAGAGAAGGAUGAUGAUGUGUUUAUAAAUCCAGAAAUGCUUGAAAAAGAAAUGGAAGAAGACUUUAGUUUAAAAGCGUUUAGUGAAAAGUUUGAAAACUUGAGUAUUAUGCAUUAAGAUUUUAUUAUUACGCAUUGAGUUAUUUCUAUUUUAUAUAUUCUACGGUCUAAGGAACAAGUAAAUAUUAUAUUAUUACGGUUUAAGGAACAAGUAAAAUAUUAUAUUAUUACAUAUAUGACUACCAUCU